AUGAUCCACGUCGAGCCUCAGUCCUACGAUUAUCUCGACGCGAUCGCGCACGCGCUCCGCUGUGCGCGGAAAGUGGUGGUCUUGACGGGAGCUGGUAUCAGCACCGCCGCAGGAAUACCAGAUUACCGGUCCAGAGGCGGUCUGUACGCAGAGCACGACACCUUUUGCGCAGCGGCGCUGAGAGAUCCGCGGAGGAGGGCAGACAGUUUCAGGUCUGCCCUUCAUCUCUACAAGCUUGCCAAGGACAGCAAACCGACCGAGGCGCACACAUUCGUGACUCAGCUGCGCAAUGUGGGAAAACUCUUGCGAUGCUAUACCCAAAAUGUCGAUCAGCUUCACGAACGAGCUGGUCUGUCGACCGGUCUGGUAGAGAACGUGAAGUGUGUUCCUCUGCACGGAACUAUCGAUAGCUUACGAUGCAGCAAUUGCUGCAAAACACUCGCAUGGACGGAGAAACUGCAGGCUAGAGUCACAGUUGGCCAAGAAAUUCCCUGUCCUGGCUGCCUAGAUGCCCCCCGACGACCUGGCGCGCCGCCGAGGCGAUCAAGCACUAUCGGCCGGUUACGGCCUAAUAUAGUGUAUUUGGAAGAAGAGCAUCCGCAAGGCGAAGACAUCGCGGAACUCAUUAAUCGCGACGUAUCAGCGGGCCCCGACACGGUCCUGAUUUUUGGAACAAGCUUCGAGGUUAGCGGACCGUGGGACCUGGUCAAACGGUUCGCCAAGGUGGCCGGUGCAAACGGCGGGAAGGUGAUCUAUGUCAAUCGCACGAAGGCAUCGCGGCAAGGAUGGAAGCAUGUUUUUGACUAUUGGGUUGAGUGGGAGUGUGACAGUUGGGUCCAGGACUUGAUGAGCAGAGGUCUUGGUCCUCUUCCGACACAGCGGCUUUCUCUUACUCUCGGCGGCCGCGUGGCAAAGCGGCCUCGCGGGAGGCAGAGGAGAAAGGCGGAGGAUGAGCCGGGCUCUAGCUUCAGCAAUCCUAUUCUUUUGAGUUAG